UUGUCCUUUGGAGCGGAGUUUUUGAAAAAGCGAGGGCAUUAUACUGUUGUGCUUACAUGUGGAUUAAUAUUACGUUCUUGCCCGUUAUGUUCCGUCGCUAUUUUACAUGCCUCAAAACUAGGUUCAAUCAUUGAAAAAAUGUGAGAAAUGCUUCAAUUUUAUUGUUCCUGAAAGAAAGUUUGGUAUUGUAUGGCUAAUCAUUAAUAUUCUAUUGUGUAUUAUUUUGAAUAUAUUGAAUGUUUUGAGCCAUUAAUCAAUUCGAAUAAGUCAUCUCCAUCAUCAUUACAUCAUCAAGUCGUGAUUUAUUUAGAACGAAUUUGAUAAAUAGCCAAUCAAAUCUUUCUACUGUUAAAGUGAACCCGGUGAAUAGAUUACUGAAACGUAUAACAUCCCCAACAACUAUUAAUUCCUUAUCUUCUAUUGCUUUUUCCACUUCCUCUAAUAACGAUCCAUAUAAUUUUGAUCUUUUGUGUAAUUCUCCUACUUCAUCAAUAAUUUCUAAUGAAGCUGAUCAUCAUCAGAUGAUCAUCACCUCUACUACUACUAUUACUACUACUACUACUACUACUGGUCCUACUACUGCUACUGCUGUUCUUCCUAUUCUUCCAUCUUCUUGUUGUAAUACUAUACAAUCGUCUAUCAGUAAUUUAACAUUAAAUAAUGACAAUACUACAAUAUCAUCAAGUGAUUUAUUUUUAUUUUCAAAAUCUGAACAAAAAAAAUUUGCUGAUUUACGUAUUAAUAUUCUUAAUAACGAGAAUGAUGAUAAUAAUCCCAUCAUUAGUUCGCCCAAUUCUCCAAUUUCCUCUAAUCUUAUAUGGAAUACUACUCAUACUAUAAGUGGUAAGAAUAAGAACCACAACAACGAACGAGCAGCUAUAUCAUCAGUGACAAAGGAACAUACAAUGAACAAUAAUAAUAAUAAUAAUAAUAAUAAUAAUAAUAAUAAUAAUAAUAAUAAUGCUUCAUCUGAUUAUCCUGCUGUUAAAGUUAAUUCAAAUGAAACGCCUACUAGUUUAGUAAAGCAACCAGUUCAUCCAAGAACAACAUUAAAAUGUCCGUUUUGUGAUAAAGUAUUCAGUAAUUCCAGUGCUAUCGCUAAGCAUAAGCUAACACAUAGCGAAGAGCGUAAAUACAUUUGUAUUGUAUGCCAUAAAGCUUUCAAACGUCAAGAUCAUUUAAAUGGUCAUAAGUAUACACAUGAAAGUCGUAAACCGCAUGCGUGUCAUUUCUGUGAUAAAUCCUAUAGUGAUUCACGUUCACUUCGACGACAUUACGAAAAUGCUCAUCCCGAAGAGAAUGAACGUUGGAUGUUAUUAUGUCAAGCAACAAAUGGUGAUACAAGUGCCUUAUCUAUCGCUGCUGCUGCUGCUGCCGCUCUACUUUCCUCAUCAGCAGCAGCAGCGGCGGCAGCUGCAGCAGCAGCGACGACAGGGCUUGAUGCUGAAUCUUCACUAUCUCGCGAUGGUGGUGGUGGUAAUGCUGACGGCAAUUCCGAUAAUGAUAACAACGCUUCAUCGUUAGCCAUAUUGAAUGCCUUGAGUAAUAGUACAUCGGCAUCAUCAUCAUCUUCAGCUGGCAGUACUGGCGUUGUUUCUUCUGCAAGUGUAAAUAAAUUAAUUGAAUUGGGUAAUCAAACUGGCCUAUCACCUGCUGCAUUAGUCGCUUUAGUCGCUUCUACAGGUUCUACAUCGGGUCUUUCUUCAAGCUUACAACAAUUAGAUCGUUCUAAUUCAUCGACUUGCGUAUCUAAUGGUGCCAAGUCAUCAAAACAGUCAAUAUCAUCGACUAGUCAAAAUGCUAGCGAAAAAUCUCUACGUCCCAGCCGUUCGUUAUCAUCAUCGCCGCCAUCACGAUUUGUCUGUCGUUCACCGAAUCCUUCCUCUAAACCAAUCUCUCCAAAUAAUAAUAAUGAUAAUAUGAUGGAUAUCAAUAUGGAAAGUGAGAAUGCAAUAAAUGUAAUCACUGAUGAGUUAUCGGACACCACCACAACAACAACAACAAUAUCAACAACAACUGGAACACUGACAUCAACCAUAACAAAUACAAUUUUUAAUAAAACAUUAUUUACUAAUGAUGCCAGCAUUAAUCAUCAUACAAAUACUGUAACAAUUAAUAAUUUUUCCUUGAAUCCAAUUGAAGUAGCAAAUGCUGCCAAAGUUGCUUUACUUAUGGCACAUCCAUUAGAAGAACCAAAACGUGUAGCAUGUGCUAUCUGUGCAAAACGUUUUAAAAAUCAAUCUGCUCUAAAUGGUCAUAUGCGAUUACAUGGUGGUUAUGGACCGGCUGGUUUGAUUGGAGGGAAUAACACCUCCACCACCACGACAACGACAACAGUAACAACGACAUCACAAUCAAAUCAAACCUAUACUGCUACUACUACCAUUGGUAGCAGUAGUAAUGAUAAUCAAGAAAGUAAUAAAGCAAUACAUUUUAAUUUAUUUCAAACAAACUCUGGUCAUAUCAAGAAAAAUAACAAUGUUUCAGAUUCCAAGAAAAAAGGCUAUUCAACAUCUAGUGAUAUAGACUCUUUGAAGUCGUUCAGUUUAAAAUCUCAUCCAAAGGGAUUUACAGCAUCACAAAAUAGUUACGACUCUGUUUUAUCAAGUAUUGUUGGAACAAAUACUAGGCCUACUACAUUUGUGAUGACUACAGCUGCUUCUUCAAAUCCUUCCACUUCGACCGAUCUGUCGACAACAAGAGCUACUAAUACAACAGUAACAUCGAAUAAUUCCAUUAAAAAUGUCAAUUCACCUAGUUCCGCUCUAUUUGACUUGGUUAAUACAUCAUCGAAUACUCCAGAUUUGAAAAUGCAGUUGUCUAAUAGUCAUGAUCAUCGUCAUCAUCCGAUGAAUAGUAAUAUUAAUAAUGAUAAUAAUACUUGGUCAUAUCCACUUAACAAACAAAUAUUAGAAUCGUCCUAUAACACUUCAUUAAUUGAUCAUUGUUGUAAUAGCCCUAAUAUGUUAAGUCAACAGCAAAAGUCACAGUUAACAUUUGAUCAUCAAAAUGAGGCUUUAUCAAAUACUGUGGUUAGUUGUCAUCAUUGUCAGCCUCAUCAGCCUCUGUCAACAUCAGGAUCUUCAACAUCUAUUUAUGAUAGCUUAUGGUUAUCACAACAUGAUGAUCAUACAUCAGGACAACAACAACUGUUUCGCAUAAAUUCGUCAGAAUUUGAUCAUAUUGUUGAUAUUAUUAAAAAAGAUACUCAUAUUACUAAUAAUACUAUUACUGAUAAUGACAGUAUUAAAAAUCGUCGUCAUGUACCAGUUGAUGAAUUAUCUAUGUUAAAAUUCGGUUCAGCAUUUUCUUCAACCUCAUUGGAAAAAACUACCACACCAGUAUCAACAAGCAUAUCGAAUAGCAGUUGUUCAUUAUUAUCACGAAAUGAAGAGUUUCCUCUGACAAUGAGCACAUCGUUUCUGUCUGAAGCAUCAAUGUUAAUAACAGACCAGGGUACAACGCCAUCAAUAAAACAUACAUGUUUACCAUCAUCAAUUAAUUGUUUAUCUAAUGCAAUGACUACUACUUGUAGUAUUAAAUUUCUCAAUUCUUCAUCACAGAGAUCUGAAUUAUUGGGUUUAAUCAAUAAUGAUGAUUGGUGGCAUCCUAUUUCAAACCAUGCAAGUAGUAAUAAUGAUACUAAUGUACAGUGUCCAAUAGAUAUGCAUAUAUUUGACCAGAAAUGGCCAUCUAUCGAACAUGUCCAAUCAUCGAAUAAUGAUAAUAAUAAUUUAAAUGUGUUAGCAAAUUUUCAAUUAAAGAACACUACAAGUACUGCUGCUUUUUUUGAUGAAAAACAUAUGAUACAUACUACUAAUAUUAAUAAUGAUAGUAAUAUUAUGCCACCAAAUAUUCAUUUAACAUCAUUAUUAAAACUGAACAACAACGAACCUCCUCAUGUCUCAUCAUCAGUUAUACUUAAUUCUUCAUCACUGUCAUCUUCACCACCACUGUCAUCCUCCUCUUGGUCAACACAACAACGAAAACAAGCUCAUAAAUCUAAUUUUCACCGUCCAAUACCUCAACCUUUACAAUUAAUUAAUGAACCGAAUUAUCAAACACAACUUGGUAUUAGCAGUCAAUAUUCACCAAUUACACCGGCACCAAUGAAUAUGUCUAUGCAUACAUUAACAACAGAAUGUGGAGGACCUACUACCACUACUAUCUCAUCGUCAUCGGUAAACAUAACAACAAUAACCAACUGUAUUAAUGUUGAUUCAAAUCUAUUUAUUGCUGAACAUCAACAUCGUCCAGUAAAUAAUAAUGUUGAAUGCGACAAUUCUCACAAGUCUUCAUCGUCUAUAUGUUGUCUCGAUGCUAAUCGAUUAGGUUUGGGAAAUUUUCCCGAUUCAUUAUUAUUUCCUUCAAUGUAUAAUAAUAAUAGUGGUAAUCUAAUCGUUACUGAUAAUACUAAUACUAAUAAUAAUUUUGUAGGAAAAAUGUUUUCUCAUAUUGAUUCAUUCAAUGUUAAUAAUAACAGUAUAAAACCAUCGGAUAUUUCUAUGAUUCCAUCAAUGAAUCAUACAUUAUUAAAUCAUGAUCGUUUAUUGAAUAUAACAACACAGAAAAGAAAUUUAUCAAAACAUCAACAUUAUCAACAACAACAAAUGAAUAGUCAACAAAAUCAACAACUACAUCAUCAUCAUCAAUAUCAACAAUUGCAUGACCAACUUAAUAAUAGUAAUUGUCAUGAUAAAUUAUAUGAAUCGAAAGGUAAUUGUACCGUUUGUUAUUCACAACAUCAUCUUUAUCAUCAAGUACAACAACAACAAAAACAACAUUCAGAACCUAAACAAUUGAUUGAUCAUAUUGAACAACAUCAAAAUCCAUUAAAUAUUUGUCUUUUACCAUCAACAACAACAACAACAUCAUCAUCAUCAUCAGUUCAGUCAUUACAAUUAAACAUUCCACCGUCAAGUUCAUCAUAUUACCCUAAUCGUCAUCAAUAUCAUGAACAAAGAAAUGGUAAUGAUCAUUUUAAUAAUAAUAAUAAUAAUACAAAUUGUCGACGGAAUACAGAACCAUCGUCACAUACUUGUUCUCAAUAUUCAUAUUAUCAACCUGUCGCAAACUCAUUAGGAAGCAUGGAUUUUACACGUCAAUCCACACAUGAAUUUAUUAAUACUUCUACAGUGCAUAAUAACGAUAAUAUUUUUAUACCUUCCACAUGCAUUUCAUCACUGAAUCCAAAUUGUUGUUCUGUAAUGAAUAUGACAUUAUCAUCGUGUUGUAAUUCAUCAGCUAAAACAGUAGCUACAACAACUUCUCCACUGUCUAUUGCAACAUCUUCAAAUUUCAUUCAUGCAAUAGGUGCAACUAAUAUUACUCAUGGUUGUAGUAGUAAUCAGUACUCAUUAUCAGUGAAUGGAAAUAAUUGUUUUAAUUUAAACCGAAAUCGAUUACAGUAUAAACAACCGCUCCUUGGACCACCACUAUCGUCCACACUGCAUCUUGGACAAGAACACCUUUAUUCUCUUCCACCACCACCACCACAUCAUCAUCAUCAUCACUACCACCAUCAUCAACAACAACCAACAAGGUAUCCAAUAAUGUCAUCCACCUCAUCCUCGUCGAAUCAUGGGAUUUAUUCUUGUUUGGAUAAAAUUGAUAAUUGUCGCUUUUUCAAUGGGUCCGAAUUAUUAUUGCAUAAUCAACUUAAUCAUAUGAAUGGUUCUAUACGAAAUCAUCACAAUAAUAUAAGUAAUAAUAAUACGAAAAAUAAUGUUAAUAAUAACGAUCAUAAUUACAAACAUUUAUUCCGUUGUAAUGAACAACCGGAUUCAUUUACAAAACAUACAUCUAGAAGUCAUUGCUGUUUAACCUGUUUAGAACUAGAAAGGAAACGACAUAUUUCUGCACCAGCAGUUAAUAGUAUUUCAUCACAAUCCUCUUGGCCAUCAUUAUCGUUAUCGUCCUCAUCAUCUUCAUUAUCUGUACCAUUAUCAUUAUCGUCCCAUAAUUCAUCAAUUUCACCGUUAACCUGUCCUGGCAAUCCACAGUCCCAUUUACAACCAUCAGCUUUAACGAGCCAUAAAAAUGAAUUUGUGAAUAAAUCUUAUUCCUGUCUACCGGAAUAUCAUAAUCAUCAUUAUCGUGUUCAUCAUCAUUAUCAUCAUCGCGGUCAUUAUUGCAAAGGUACUAGUUCCAGUGAAGGAGUCGUUGGUGACCAACCAUCAAGUGAUGUCGUUGCUGAAUUGUUAAUGCAAAGCCAUAUUACCGAUCCAGAUGGAUUAUCAUCGUUAACAUGUGAUAUACAUAAUUCUUGUCCAACAACACCAGAACUGUCUUUAACUCCUAUCCCAUCACCAGCACUAACACAACCACCACCACUGCCGUCGCAACACCAAAAAUCUUUAUUAGUAGCAAGAUCUACAGCAGAAACAGUCGACCAGUCAUUCUCUAUUUUAGAAGAUGAAUGUUUAUACCGACCAAUAAAUAUUAUGAACAACAUGUCAAGUAUAUUUCCAACUAAUAAAAUGACAUGUAUUCCAUCAUCGUCAUCAUCAUUUCUAGUGCCAUCAUUAUCACCGGCAACAUCACCAGUAUUACCAUUUUCAUUAUCAUCGAUAUCACAAGAAGAAACAACAUCUUUCUUUUCAUGUACUGAUUCACAUUUAAUGACUAAUUCAUUUCGUUCUAUGGAUAUAGAAGAUUUGAGUAUUGAACAACAUCAACAACAGCACUUUUCGAAAGUAGCAACUCAUCAUCAUCAUCAUCAUCAUCAUGAACAACAACAUCAAAAAUUGCCUAUCAGUUUACAUCUUCCAAUUACUUCUUCAUAUUCAGUGUCCAAUUUAAAUCAGUCCGAGUUAUUGGACCUGACUGUACCACCAUCGAUUACACAAAAUAAUAUUGUCAACUGUGAUGAUCACGAUGAAAUGAUCAAAAAAACAACAAAUCAGACAACAUCCAAUAAUAAUAAGUAUCCUUGCGAUUCAGGAAAUGAUUCGGUUGCAGCAAAACUUUCCAAAUCAUUAGCUGAAGAUAAUUUAUUCCGUAAUCCAACAGCAUUACCGCCACCGAAAAAGAUGAAAAGUAAACCAGCGCCUAUUUCAAUUCCCCCACAAACCGGUGCAAAUUUGUCAAGAUUACGUUCUCCACGUGUAUGGAGUUCAAAACGAUCUUCGCUUAAUUCUAGUCCUCCACCAUAUACACCACCUCCAAUGCUUAGUCCAAUCCGUCAAGGUUCCGGUUUGUUUUCUUCAUUAUCGCGAUGGGUGCCAACUCCAACAGCAGUAUCAGGAGGAGGAGCGUCAGUGACGACGUCGACAGGAACUCGUUCUGUCGGGAGCGGUACACUGAUGAAUCGUCGAUUCUCAAGUUAUUAUUCAUCGAUCUCCCAUCAUAAUGACUCAGAAAUUACUACUAUUCCUAAUACUUCUACUAUGUGUGCAACUGGCAGUGGGGUCAAUAGUGGUGGUCAGUUGAAACGACGUCAUGCAAGUAGCAGUGGUACUAGGAGUAAUACCAGUGAGAUUAGCACUUCAAAUCAGAGUAUUAAUAUGGUAGAUUCUGGUAAUAAUAUAUUUACUGACCCUACUAAUACUACUACUAAUAAUAAUAGUUAUGACAAUAACAACGUAAAUACAGGCUCAAUCACUGACUUGUAUAUGCGUGAUGUAAAUCGACCAAUAGCCUAUACACGUAGACGACGUCAACAACUCACACCAAAGUCCGCUCCUGUGUUAAUUCUUAACUGUAAUACGACAAAAAAUUCGGCAAAUCAAUCAAGAGAUCUUCAAGACAAUGAGUUAUCACUUCAAUCUCAACAACAAUUCUCUAACACUGAUACCGUAUUUGGUUAUGAUGAUGAGACUAUGCGCCGUUUUGCGGAAGCCGAUGAAGCUUACCGGUUAAAUAGACAAAAACAUCAAGAUAAACGUUAUUCACGUCGUCGAUAUGAUACUGAGAUAAAUGCAUCUAAUGAUCAAAUCAAUCACCAUACUACUACUACUCCUACCGAUGAUGAUAAUAAUAACAAUAAUGAAUCAAUUCCUAAUAAAACUGAUCACAGUUUCAACUUUGCUGAUGAACAGUUGUUAAAUUUUGAUUUCGAAAUGAAAAUUAAAGAGACAAACUAUUCUGAAACAACAAUACAAUUUAAUAGCGAUGUUGAAUUAGACUCGGAGCAUGAAAUAGAGGAUGAAGAGGAUGAUGACGAUGAAGAAGGUGUUCCAACUAGUAUUAUUCCGCAUAUCAAUGUUGGUCACGCUUAUCAAGCAGAAAUUCCUGAUUUUUGUCAAGAAAUUACAUCGGAUGAAACCAACAAAGAAUCACCAUCCAACUGGGAAAUGUUACUCUGGUAUCCAGCUUAUCUUGAUGAACAUGAUCCUAAGAAUAUAGAGUCAUUAAAUUUACUGACAAAAAUUGCCUGUUCACCAGCUGUACGUAAUUGUGGAUUAAAUAUGGAAUAUACAUUUCAUUUAUUAUGUAAAUAUAAAGGUGAUGUAGAAAUGACAUUACAUGCUUUAUUACGUGAUACAUUAGUUGUAUAUGAUUAUGUUUAUGCUGAAACUACGGCUUGGACAACUGAAGAGAUUGUACGCUUUCAGCAAGGUUUAGCUAUGCAUGGAAGAGAUUUUCAUCAAGUUUCAAAAGAUUUACAAGCAGCUGGAAUGAAUAAAACAGUUAAAGCAUGUGUAGAAUUCUACUAUGUAUGGAAACGAAUGAAUACACCAUCUGAUGUUAAAUGGUAUAGAGAAAGAGCACGACGUCAACGUCCACUUGCUCGUAUGGAACCGAUAAUCACAGAAGAACCAUUAUCAGAACAAUUUGAAGCUAUUGAACAAUGUAAUACAUAUACAACAGAUAUGAAUUCAAUACAAACAUUAGACAAUAAUAUUAAUAAUAAUAAUAAUUCAGUUAAUGUGCCUUAUAAUUUACGUCGUAAACAACAACAAACAACAAUAUCAGUUCAACCACCACCAUCGUCAUUAUCAACAAACUUGAAAUCAGAUUAUCAAUUGACUACUAAAGUGAAUACCAACGAUAUUGUUGUGAAUAAUGAUAACAAUAAUUCCUUGGAAAAUUCCUAUGAUGAUUUUAUGGAUAUUGUUUUCAAUGAAACUACAUCAAUUGGAGCGUUAUCGAAGUAUAAUACUACUACGACUUCUGUUGUAAUGACUACAACAUCUAAUGCUGUCAUCUCUUCACAUUCUGUAUUUACAUCUUCAUCUAACUCGUCCUUAUCACCAUCAUCAUCAAGCCAAACAUCAGCUAAUUCUGUCGUUGUCCUCUCUACGAGUUGCUUAUCUACUAUCACCACCAUUACUACUACGUUCACUUCCACUGUAUCAUCAACAUUUACUUCUACAUCGUUGAGUGAUAUAAAACAUUCAAUUUAUACAUGUCAUAUAUGCAAUAAAUCUUUCAAUAAAAUCAAAUCACGUAAUGCUCAUAUGAAAACUCACAGUGAUAAAAUUAUCACCAAUAAUAAGUCACGUCGUCAAUACAUUUAAUCAAUUUUAUUUAUACUACUCUUUCGGAUAUCAGUAGUUAAAAGAAAAAAAUAAAGGAAAUUUAUUUCAGUGUGAUAUAUUUGUGAUACAUUUUAAGAGGAACGUAUUUCUAUCAGAAUCCUUUUUUGUUUCUUUUUCUUUUUUAAUCAAACGACAAUCACCUAUCUGAAUUAUAUUCCUAUCCUGUGAAGUUUUUUUCUUUAAAAAGAAUCGUUUCUAUUGUUUAUCAUUUGUCGUUACUGUUUUCUAAUUAUUUCCGUUCUAUUGUUUCAUAUUCUCAUUUUUAUUAGAAAAUCAUUAGAUUGAUAGAAGUCAAUAGUUGAUGAAUGGGGAGUUGUUUUUGUAUGGUUUUCUGUACACUCCAUAGACUGAUCUUUUUUUUCGGUACAUAUUCUCUUUACAUAAUUUGUUUGUACUUGAUAAAUCCUACUGUCACUUUUUUCUUUGUAUGCCUAGAUUGGACAGGUUGUAAAGUAAAUAAAUGAAGCUAUUUUUUUCUCAUUUCUAUUUGCUUAUCAACAUAGUGGAUAAUACCAACAUCAUUAUCUUUACACUUAAUAUUAGAAAUAUAUAUCCAUUUUCUGUAUUAUUCAGCACUAACUUUUGAACUAUUAUAAGUAGUAUAAUUAGUUACCAUCAAAAACUUUAUCAUUCAUUUUGAUUAUAUUUUCUUGUCAUAAUCUUGAAUAUUUAUCAUAUUCAUUAGAUUCAUUAUCGUUUACAUCGCAUUGUACUUUUGUUUUCUAAUUGAUGAAAUGUUAUUCCUUCGUAAUCUGCUUAAAUUUCUUUUGUUGUUGUUGCAGUUGUUGUUAAGGGAAAUAACUAAUAUUCCUUAGAUUUUUUGUCUCGUUUUAAACAGAUAUUCAAAUAAGAAACAAAAAAGCGCCUAUUUUGUUUUUAGAAGAAGAAAUAAUAAUAAUAAUCUUUUAACUACUUUGCUUGCCUAUUAUACGUGUGUGUGUGUGCGUGUGCGCGCGCGAGCACGUAUGUGAACCCGCGAGCACUUUGGUUUCGUUUUUGUAUUCAUUUAUAUAUUGACUUUUCUUCCUUUUUUUAAUUUUUAUUCCCGCUUUGUGGUAUCAAUUUAAACAAAUGUAUGUUGUGUAUAGGUUAUAUCCUUUUUUUCUAAACAAAAUAAUAUUCAAUGACUUAUGCAUACGACAGUGAAUGACGACGACGACGAUAUGUGCCACCUAAUCAUCAUAUACAGAUAUACUGAUCAAUGAAUAACCGGUUUAAAAAUGUUUGUUUCAUAGAUUCUUCUCUUCUUUUUUUUGAAUAUUGACCAGAAAUCAUAAAUAGAUAAGUUUUAUUGAAAUUUUACUUAUUCUAUAUCAUUUGUCUUAUCUUAAUCAUUAUUAGAUUCAUUAAACACUUAUUACAUUACAGAUAGUUUCUAUGUUGACAUGGCAAUAUACCCCAAUGAUCAUUUGUAUAUUUUAACUUUUCUUUAUAAAAGAAGAAACAAUAUUAUUGUAUUUAAAGCAUGAAUUUUGAUUAUGGAAUGAAUAAAUGAACAAGAAUAGUUUCUAUGAUUAUAUAUAUGGAAUCAUCCUUCAGUUGUGUGCAAAUGUGGAAAGUUUUCCCCCCUUGUUGGAAUGUAUUUUCUUGUUUAUCAAAUGUGUUUAUUAUUAUAUAAAUAAGAAUAAUCCUGUUGCCAGGCUGCUCUAUACACCGGUAUCAGAUGUAAUAAUUUACAGUGUUGUUUCUUUCAAUCUAACUAAUCAAUGUAUAAGAUUUAUUUGUAUAUUCAUUUUAUUCUAGAUAAUAAUCAUAAUAAUAAUAAUAACGUGUAUUGGUUUCCAUGAAAUGUCCAUUUUAAAAACAGCAAACAAUUUUACUUUCUGUGUGUUUAUUUCUUGUCAUUAUUGUUUAUAUUCUUUUCAAGUCAACAGAUUUAUUUGUCCAAUGUUCAAAAAAAGAGGCAGUAAAUGAUAAAUUCUAUCAUAUACAUAACUUUUCAUUAUUGCCUUCUUAUUGUGCGCCAUGUUUUUCUAUCACUCAUACUGUUUGUAUGUGUCCAGAAUAGCCUGUGUCCUUGCCCACUCCCUCCCUUGUGUGUGAGUUUCAAGUCUUUUCACUGCAUUGUCACCGUUGUUUGUUUGUUUUUUUUUCGCUAGAAAACAACAGGUUGCCAGUUUCUAUGGGUAUCAUUAAUUAAUUAAUUAGUUAAUCGUUUGUUUGUUUUUUUUCUCCUUCCCUACUUGCAUCAUUCAAUUUACUUGCCUUAUCAUUAUCAUAUUUUUGUGUUGACAUAUUUUUCCUGAGAUUCAUUGUUACUAUUGCUAUUGUUGUUCACAAUAAAAGUCAAUAUUAUGUAUUUACUGAUAUUUUUAUCAUAUUUUCUGAAACAAAAAUUGAACAGAACAAUCAAGAAACGCAGUAGUGGUUUUCUUGACUUCAGCCACUAUAUAAAGUCUAGUCACGUGGCCCGUUUUUUUCGCAAUUGCAAUUAGGCUACUCAUAAGUAGCUGAUAUUUUUAUGCAAAAUAAACAAUUGGACAGUGGCUAGCAGAGGAAAAGGCCACUGUCCAACUGUUGGAUGGAGAAUGCUGAUGAUCGGUCUAUGCUCCUUCACGAGGAGUAACAGGCGUAAGUAAGUAGCAGAGGAAUCCAAGACGCGC